GGGCUCCCGGGCUCCCCUGAGUCCCCUGACCUAUCCCCUAACCCGCGUCGGGAUUGUAAACUCGCCUUGACAACUUCUCUACAAACGAUCCCUCAAUCUGGCCAUCUGACUUGUGUUUUGCCGGUUUACGGCUUUGGCUCAGCACCCUGAACGUGGGUCCCAAGCACCCGCCCUCGCAAUGGAGCGACCAGGCACCCCUCCAACACAAGCAACAGUCUCGAGACGGCCGCCAUCCCCGCCGACACCAGAGGUUACUCGCAGAAUAGAAGAGUCGCGCCUGCGCGCAAAGGCCAUACGUGACCAGCGUGAAGCAGAGCAACGAUCGGCCGGCAUUCCACCGGCGCCGCGGACAGCUUCCGGCUUCAUCGCAACGGACGAUAUCCAGCUAGCCGUCCCCGCAGCCGGGAAGAAGCGACCGUACACAUCCAUAUCGCGAAGCGACAUACCCGUGACGAACCGAGAUGCCCGCACCGCGGCCCCGAAAGAUGGCGCAGCGGCGGCCGGCAAGGACGGCGGCGACUUGCGGCCCAUGUCGCGCAAGUUCAGCAAAUACGUCGACUACAACUUCAGCGCCAUGACCGACACCAAGGGCGGCUUCCUGAGUGCCGAGGACGACCCAUGGAACAAGAGCAUGUCCACCACAGCGGCGGGCGGGUCCGGCCCCGCGGGGCCCGAGCAGAAGCCGGCGCACAUGACGGCAGCCGAGUGGGAGCGGAUGCAGGUGAUCAGGAAGCUCCAGCGCAACAAGAGCGGGCCGUUUGAGCCUUCGCUAAGCGCCCUGGCCGACGAGAAGACGCGGAAGCGGUGCCGCGAGUGCCGCAGCCUGGAGAUCGACUUCGUCUGGGAGGAGGUGUUUGGCUGUGCCGUGUGCAACUCUUGCAAGGAGAAAUACCCGGAAAAGUACAGCCUGCUCACCAAGACGGAGUGCAAGGAGGACUAUCUGCUGACAGAUCCUGAGCUCAAGGAUGAAGAGCUCCUGCCGCACCUGAACAAGCCCAACCCGCACAAGUCCCACUGGCACGACAUGAUGCUCUUUCUACGGUACCAAGUCGAGGACUACGCCUUCAACCACAAGUGGGGCUCGGCCGAGGCGCUGGACGCCGAGUUCGAGAAGCGCGAAGCGGACAAGAAGAGGCGCAAGGAGGCCAAGUUCAAGGAGAAGCUGCUGGACCUGAAGCGCAAAACCAGGACAGACGCCUUCCGGCGGAGCAAUGCGAAGGCAGGCACUAGCGCCGCCGCCGCUGGAGGGGUAGGGAAAGCGGCCAAAUUCGGAGACGCCAUCGGCGGCGGCGGGAAACAUGUUCACGACUGGGGUCGGUCGGUGGAGAACGAGCAAGGCAUGACGGUCAAGACAUGCUUGACUUGUGGGAUGGAGGUCGAGGAGCUUGAACUGUAGGGUCGCCGAGCGGCUUCGGUUUGUGGUUCUGGGGGAACGAAUCAAAGCCCGGAUUCUUCAGGACCCCAAUGCGUCUUGCCAAUAUGCGAAAUGCAGAUGGAGCCCACAGGCCAAAUAGGCCCAGCUCAGCCAUUGUUGAGGGCUCUGUUGGGCUGUUUGCCUGUGUCUGUGUGUUGCCGCUGUUGCGCAGUCUGUCAAAUGCAAUGCCAAGACGACAUGGGCUUUGGUGUACAGACCCUUUAGGUGGUAGUUUGACUGCCGUCCGCUCACUCAAUUGCUUAACCGUGGUGAAUGAACCUCGCUCCCCAGCGCGGUGUGCAGGCCAUUUGCUCAUCUUGUUUCCCUUACGUUGAGAAGCUGCCUUUCAACUUUCGUUUACCAAGAACUUGAGGUCCAUCAGCCCAUGGACAGUUUCCCGCCUACAGAAGAACAAAUUGAAGAAGGCCU